UAUUCUUCGUAGUCAUUACUACUAUAGGAUAAGCAAUUUAUCCUUGUCGUCAUUAAUUGUUUUCUAGACCGAGCAGUUAUGUUGCAAGGAAUCAAUGCGGUGUAGAUGAAUCUUGUUCGGUUGCAUGUUUCUUUCUUCGCCUACCUAACUCGUCUAACUUCUUAAAACUGGCAAAUGUCUGUCUUUUUGACCUCUUGUUCAUCUCUUCUUGUUUGUCGUCUCUACCAUCAGAUGAUGAAAUAUAUGCCAAGUGCUAAAAGCUUCCAUUGCUUAAAGAAUGAAGCUUGGCAAUAACCGAAGCUGGAGCUUUGAAAUGCAUUGCAUUUGACUUAGAACUAAAAAGGAGAUGCUAGGUGCCAAUGGCCGCUCCGCUUCCUCUUCUUCUCCUUCCCCUUGGCACCUUUGUUCCUCCAGAAAUCUUGACGACGGGAAUCUCCAAAGUAUGCUAAAUAUAUCGCCUAGACUAUCCAUGUUAUCUAAUCCAGAUGCCCUGUUGGAGAGGUCAUUACCUGACCAGGCUUCAACGCACUGGAAUUCCAGAAAAGAAGUUUGUUAUUGCUCCAGUAAAUCUGUUGCUUCCAAUGGCACACCAGGGCCAAAGUCAUCUGUGAGACUGAGGAGGGAGAUUGCUGUACUUGAGCUCGAAAUUUUGCAUUUAGAACGUUAUCUUCUCUCGUUGUAUCGAACAGCUUUUGAAGAACACCUGCCAACCUUAUCAAAUAAUGCUGGAAACCAUUUAGAAUGUGAGACAGAAUUACUGUUACCAAUUGUGGCAAAUGGGUUGCACCACAACUUGGAGCCACGCGUGCAGAAAUCUGAUUUUGCAAAUCAUGACCAGCCUUCCCCUGCACAUGAUUCUUUCGUUUCAGAUGACCAGAAUUGUCCCUCCAGUUUUAAUAUUGCAGCGUCUGCAAGGGAAGAGAAAUUAUCUGCUUCUGGUCAUCGCAGUCUUGCUGAUCACCUUGGUGCUUCUCAUAUGGAUAAGAACCUUUACAAUCCCGACAGACUUGCUGAACAUAUAGUGAGAUGCAUAUCUUCUAUUUAUUGUAAACUUGCCCAUGUCCCACAAGCCCAUGCAGGCUUGUCAGCUUCUCCUGUUUCAUCUCUGUCCUCCUCAAGUAUAUUUUCUUCUAAAACUCCUUGUGAUAGUUGGAGUCCUCAUUAUACUGAGGCGUCUAAAGGAAACAAUCAAUUUCAAGGCUCAAAAGAAGAGAGUGGGCCACAUGCUGCAAUAAUAGAGGUUUCAAAAUUAAAUCUAGAUAAUGAUAGUUUCAAUUAUGCUGCCAUAAUGCUACAAAACUUCAGGUCAUUGGUCCGAAAUCUUGAGAAGGUUGACCCAAGGAAAAUGAAGCGUGAAGAGAAGCUUGCAUUCUGGAUCAACAUUCACAAUGCCCUGGUGAUGCAUGCAAACUUAGCAUAUGGAACUCAUAGUCAUGUCAAAAGUACCUCCAUAGUGAGAGCAGAAUACAAUGUUGGUGGAUAUCGCAUUAAUGCUUAUAUCAUCCAAACCUCCAUUUUAGGAAUUCGGCCACACCAACCAGCACCGUGGCUGCAAACACUGUUUUCUCCAGGACGGAAACCUAAGGCAACGAGCACCAAACAUGUGUAUGCCUUAGAAUACCCGGAGCCCCUUGUUCAUUUUGCACUUUGUUUGGGAGCCUACUCUGACCCAAUGGUUCGAGUAUACACAGCUGAAAACAUAUUUAGAGAUCUCAAGCUUGCUAUGGAAGAGUUCAUUCAUUCUAGAGUCUACAUCCACAAGGAGGUGAAAAUUUUCCUUCCUAAAGUUCUUUAUUACUUUGCAAAGGAUAUGUUACUAGACAUGAAGAAUGUAUUGGAGAUAGUUAGCGAGUGUGUAUCAGAAGAGCAACGUGAAUUUAUCCAGAAACUGAUGAAGGGACGGCCCGACAAGUACAUCCACUGGUUAUCUCAAAGUUCGAGUUUUCGGUAUCUCAUCCAUGGAGAACUGGCUAAAGAAGAGAGAGCGUUUGAUGAGUCCUUCCUCUGCACCUAAUAAUAGGAAAAUAAUAUGUCAAAUUAUUUUGGUAAAUUGCCUUAUAGAAUGUGUAAUAAGCUGUAUAGAGUUGUUGGAAAUAGAAACCUGUAAAAUCUUUGUUGGUUUUAGUUGAUGAAUCUUCCAUGUUUAUUGCUGCAAGCUUCACUGAUUGGUAUGCUUGUUUUUCAGCUUGUACUAGCAUUUUAGGUUGGCACUUGGCAGUCAUUUCGUUAAAACUACAUGUAAAACAUGCAGUGGGCAUGAAUUGCUAGUAGUAUAAAUGGAUGCCAUCAGCAUCUAUAGUUUUUCUUUA